GCGGGGCGCUUGGGCGCUGUGCACAGAGGAGGAGCGCGCGUCCACUGAGCUCAAAGCUGCGGGAAGGGCGUCGGAGGGCAGACUCCCUGAGCUGGGGGUGGGCGGUGGGGUCGCGGGGCGGGGCUGGGAGGAACGGCGAGGCCCGGCAGAGCGGGGAACAGCUGGGAUGAGCGCGGAGUGCAGGAGUGGAUAGGUGGGAGGAGGGUCUGCGAGCAAUUGAGGAGCGGGAGCGAAAGGGUGCUCUGGGCUGCCAGUGUUGAUCGAGGUGGGGUUUUUAGAUCGUGAUGGGGUCUGAGCGGGGAGGCGGUGCAGGUCCCAGCCUGCAGGUGAGGGGCUGAGGGGCGGAGCCAGGGGCGGAGGCGGGGAUCGAGGUCCCGAGGACCCAGUUCUGGUUCCCAGAACAGGGGCGCGCGAGCUGCGGGCACUGGGAACUGUGGGCGGCGGCCAGGGUCGCGGCUCAGCGAUGCGGGUGCACCUGGGCGCGCUGGCCGGCGCGGCGGCGCUGACCGGGGCGCUCAGCUUCGUGCUCCUGGCGGCGGCCAUCGGCACCGACUUCUGGUACAUCAUCGACACCGAGCGCCUGGAGCAGGGCGGCCCGGGGGCGCGGGGCCCGGCGGGGGCCGCCAACCGCAGCCAGCUCGAGCCUCUGAGCUCGCACUCCGGGCUCUGGCGGACCUGCCGGGUCCAGAGCCCGUGCGCGCCGCUGAUGAACCCCUUCUGGCAGGAGAACGUGACCGUCAGUGACUCGAGCCGGCAACUUCUCACCAUGCAUGGGACGUUCGUGAUUCUGCUGCCGCUCAGCCUGAUCCUCAUGGUUUUCGGGGGUAUGAUGGGCUUUCUGAGCUUCCUCCUGCGAGCCUCCUGCCUCCUCCUGCUCACGGGGACCCUCUUCUUCUUUGGAGCCCUGGUGACCCUCGCCGGCAUCAGCGUCUACAUCGCCUACUCGGCCGCCGCCUUCCAGGAGGCGCUGUGUCUCCUGCAGGAGAAGACGCUGCUGGACCAGGUGGACAUCCGCUUCGGCUGGUCCCUGGCCCUGGGCUGGGUCAGCUGCGUUGCCGAGCUGCUUGCUGGGGCCACCUUCCUGGCGGCGGCCCGUGUGCUCAGCCUGAGACGGCGGCAGGACCAGGCCAUCUGAACGCGGGCGGGCUCUGGCUCAAGGGUGGAGGGAGCGGCUUGGACUGGAGGGGCCGGUGCUCAGGGACACCAUCCUGGUGGGCUGCGGCUUCCCCUUGGUCUGAGGCCACCACCAGAGAGCCCGCUGUGGGCUGAGCUCCGGGCCUGGCGGUCGUGUUAGCGCUACCUGGUGUGGGGGAUGCUGUGUCCAGGCACCUGUGUGUCUGUGGCCUGGAGGAGCCAGAACCCGUGAAACCACAAAAAGCACCCCCUGCAUCACUGUAGCCUCCGUGCACUUCCUCUGGCUUCACUGCAUCCUCACACGUGCCCUUUGGAUGAGUCUCUCUGUUAAGGAAAUGGAGGACCUGAGAGGUUAGGUAAGUGUUGGAAAAACACACCGCAAGCUAGAGGCAUAUUCUCCGACAUCGUAGCUUCUCCGGGUGGUUCUGGCUGACUGGCUGCGACCUGGAUCCUGCGUGUGGAGGCGGCUGCACCUCAGACACUGGGCUUCAGGCUUCCCCGUGACCUGGGGCCAGGCAGGAGGUCCCGUGGGGAACCAGGGGGAAGACCGCAG